UUUAUGAGGGCGGCAUGGAUCUCCUCGUCCAAAGUGCCUUCAUGCUUAUGGAAAGCCACAAGAGGCAGUACUGGGAGAUUGCCCGCCUGCAAGCGCUGGAGCAGAAGGCCGCCUCGGCCGACGAGGCGGUAGCUUGCCUUGACCGGCUUCGGGAGGAUGCCAAGGCGCUGCAGGCCAAAGCUGAUGAGGCCGUUGCGGCCAGGGACGUUGCCCUGGUCCAGCUCGAAGAGAGCAAAAGGGAGCUCGCAGAGUCCCGGAGAGCGCUUGAGGCCGAGAAGCGCAGGAGCGAGGAGGCCGCCAAGGCGAAAGCUGAGGCCGAGGCCGCCGUCGUGAAGGCUGCCGAUGAGGCUGUUGAGAAGUUCUUGGCCGAAGGGUGGAAGGCCGAUGAGAGGCUCCCUUGGUGCUACGAGGUGGUGGCCGCCAGGCUGGAGAAUUGGGGGAUGAACUCCCCUGCCGGCCGGGAGUAUUUCAGCCAGGAGAUGUCUGUUUACUACAACCUGGGCCAGGAGCGGAUGCAAAGGCUCCUGUACCGGCGGCUAUCCCGGGCGUUGAAGGCCAUGAAUUACACGGCUGGAUGGGCUAGACGGAACCUGAAGCUCCCCAAGCUGAUGAAGGAUCCCGAAGGGCAGGCCACGCUUCCGCUGUCGGAGCGGGAGUCCCCCAUAGAAAGCUCCGGCCUCGGCGAGCCGGACUAUACUGAGUUCGAUUUCUUGGAUGAUGCCACCAGCGCCGCUGCCGGCCAGGAAGCUGAGGCCGAUGAGGAGGGG